GCGUUGUGGUCGUUGACGAUUUUGGUGCGCUGCGGUGAAAAAAGAUUUGCUGCUAUUAAUUGCUAAAUGCUGCUGCUGUUAGUGUGUGUGUACGCGUGGAAAAAAGUGUUGCUAACUUUUGGAUGUAAUGAUAUUUUCCCUUCUCCAAUUGCCAGUGAAUUACAAAAGUUGUGAUAAAUAUUUAAGUGCAAUGCAAAAAUAGUAAAUUCCAAUGUAAAUUCCAAAAGAAAUUAGCGAAACACACACACGCAGGUUGAGCCCAACAGCAAAUCAUCCAAAAAGAAAAAAAAUACAUAUUCAGUCCUUGUGCUCGUUCUUUUUUGACUUACUACAGUGAAAUCUUGUAGGAGUUCAAUAUUGUAUAAUAUACGGACAUACGUCCAAAGAAACGUACCAUCAUCUGUAUAAGCGUUCGUAUGUGCAUGUGUGCGUCUGUAUGUUGAAGUGAAAAAAAAAACAACCAACAAGAAGAAACGAAAGAGGAAAUUUCAUUUUUGACAAGUCAAGAAAAAUUGAGGAAAUAAAACAAAUAUAGUUUCCUUUACUUGUGGUGAGGUGUUAGUGAAAAUUCUCAAAAAUUUAAUACUUCCAAUGUAAAAAUAAUUACUUAGUAAAAGAACAACAACAAAACAACAUAACAACGACCAAAUAAUACGUUUUGUAUUUAAAUCGAGUUCCCACGAACACUAAAAGUGAAAGUGAUUUCCUACGAAUGAGAAGGAAACAAAUGCGAACAACAAAAAUACGACGACGACGAAGAACAAAAGAAACAAGAGAAUAAAAAGAAAAAAAAAUCAGAAUCCGAAUCAAACAAAAAAGGAAGCAAAUUAUGCGCUUGGUAGUUUGUGAUGGUCAAAAAUAGAAAAUAAGUGAUAUAUUAAAGUGUCGCUCCUAAAAAUAUGCUAUGAAAUCUUGAACACGCACUUGCAAACUUACAAACCAACAAACACACUCAUACACACUUGAUGGCCAUAACUGAAGAAGAAGAAAACACAAACGGACAAUACGCCAGACAAACUGUUUGUUUAGUUUGCUGAUGGGUCAGGGUGAGAUAAAUACAAAGUGAGUGAGCGAGAAAGAGUGUAAAACUACACUGGGAGAGAAAAGCAUUUCGGAGAAAAGCAAAAGAGCUUACAUCAGUCGCGAGUGUGUGUGAUAAUAAUGAUGGUGGAUGUAUCACUGUGAUGCCAUUGAUUGUAUAAUGUGCAGAGGGUGCCUGCUGGCGUUUGUAUGUAUGUAUACAAGUGUAUGUGUGCCAGUAAUGAAGAAUAUGAAUGAAAAAGCAUAAAUUUGCCACCCACUCUCUUCCCUUCUUCGAAUACUCGAACGGCCAGAUUGUCGUGGCAGCGCCAUAAACGGCUUCCAUCAUCUAACAGAUUGCCUUUGCACAUCUCAUUCUUCUCUUUGGUGCAUGCUCAGCAGUAACUGUGACAGUCACAGCCGCAGCCACAGCAAUAACAACUGUGACAAUGUCUGCGAGAAGGUGUUGUAGAAUCUGUCAAAAACAGCAGGUCUGGUUCUGAUGAUAAUACAUUAUUGUUAUAAAUGUGUGUCCGCUGCCAAGUCGCUGCUGCUGCUGCUCCCGCUGCCAACGCAUUGCUGUAAUACGAAGCGCCAUAACGAAUUGUGCGAGCAUACAACUUAAUACCAUUUGAGUUCCUUGCUUUCUUUUUUGACAUCUGCCUUUUAGCUGCUGUUGCUGUCAGUAUUCCUUCCGUCCCCCCCUAUAAACAUCUUACUGAAACGACAACAACAACAAUAACAGUAACAACGGCAACAAUCGUAGUAGUAGUAAACAUCGAAAGCAACGAGUCCUCGUCGUCGUCGUGUAAAACAAACGCAACUCUUUGUCACAACGUAUGUUUGUGUGUAUGUGUAUAAACAAAAAGGUGGCACUCUGCUCUCUCGUUUGUCCGCUCUGUUCAAUGACAUAAAAGCUGCCAUUGUGAGAGUGGUGUGAUGAUGGUGAACGGUGGUGUAUGAUUUGUUUUCCUGUUUUCCUGAGAGAAAACAUAUGACACACGUGCAUUCAUUCCUUCGCUUGUGUAUAUCACUGUAUGUGUGUGCGUGUGUUCAGUUCAAAGUUCAUCAUUUGUGUAAAACAGUUUAAAAUUUAAAUAACAAAAACAACAACGACAUCAAUAAAUAUAACAAAAAUAUAACAAACAUAAGUACAUACAUAUGUACAUCCGUGUUCAUACAAAUACAUAAGCCGAGAAUUUGUUCAUUUGGUUUCAACGCCAACCAAAAAAAAAAAAGAAAUAGAAGAAAAAAUACCAAAACGGAAACGCAGAAGCAGAAGCAGAGCAGACUUACAUUCAACGGCAGCAUAGUAUAUAUAUAGAGAGAGAACACACACAUCCAUACAAACCUACAUGUAUUCGUGACAACGUGUUCCAGUUUACAAGAGAAAAUCAGGAAAUCACAAAACUCUUUUUUUUUGUAUUUUUGUGACUUUUUUCUUUCUGUUGAAAGAAGAAGAGCAAUAACAACAUAAACGGAGGAGAAGAUAAAGAUUGCGGAAAAAGGAACAAGAAGAGGCAGUAGUAUAUAAAAGAACUUUUACCAAAUAAAAAACACAACUUUCGCCAAUUUCUACUUCCUCCUCCUACUUUACUACUAAAAAAUUUUAACGAACCCCAUACCAAAACACAACAACGCACAAAAACAAUAAACAAAGGACCUCAACAGUUUCAGCAAAAGAGUGAUUGUGCUGCUGCUCGCGAGAAGAUUAUUGCAAAACAUUUUCAGCCAAUAAAAAUUCUUUCGCACAAGAUCCGGUGAUGUGGGACAACCCCCGCAGCGGGAAAUGCAACAAACCCAACGUUAUAUACCGUCUGUAUCUGAUCUAUAUGGAACGGACGAGAUAGAACUACUACUGGACGAGAUACGUGAACUGGAGCCGGUCUGCUGUCAGCUGGACGAUGAACAGGAUUUUGAAAUAGCUGGCAGCAGGGCCGGAGAGCUAUCAUUAUCCUUGGAAUCGCCACUGGGUACGUGCACGUCGUGGGACUCGCACGCCAAUUACAAACAGCGUAUCGCCCAAACGCCACUGCCAUGGGGUGUAGCCCUACACUGUGAUCCGCAACAUUUAAAAACGCCCACGGGGAUCGUAAGAAUACUAUUGGUGUUAUCUUCAGCAGCCUGUCUGGCCUGUGAAUGUUCGGCCGGAACGGUACAAGUUGGUCUCUUUUUACUGCCACUCAUCGGACGCCUCAGAUUGAUGGUGUUUUGUGCACUGUUUUCCCUUCUGAUCACAUGCCUCAUGUUGUUUCUUGACAUUUCACAUAUAGCCCUAAUGUUUCCCUUCAAUUGGACAAAAAUUAAUACAUGGAUGUACCUGAGUAUUGGUUUAAUAUUAAUUUUGAGCUCGACAUUAAUAAUGCACAUGGUGCUCUUUGCCGGCGAGUACACCCUGGUAUCGAAAUACACAAAAGAUACUCUUUUUGCCUCAGCGAUAUUGGGAUAUAUCUGUGCCAUUGAGUCAUUAUUAUUGUCUGGUAUUGCUUCCUGGCCAUGGACACAAUAUCGUCAUGUGCCCGACGAUGGUAGUGAUAUGUAUAUCGAGGAUCGUGAAAUGACACCGAUGAGUCCAAUCGAUAGUACGGAUGUGCCGAAUCGUCAUCAAUUACAGCUGCAACUGCAACAACAGCAACAAUCUCAAAAUCACAAUAAUUGUAAUAAUAGCGUAACAGCGCACAGUGAAACGAAUCAUCACAAUCAACACAAUCGUACAAUAUCAUCACCAACGUCCUAUAAUAAUCAAAAGCCUUAUAUACCUGCCAAAAGACCCAAUGAAAUAAAUAAUCAAAGACCAACACUGGGUCACACACAACCAACCCGUAAACCGAAUCAGCGUUAUCGUGAGGGUUACCACUAUCAACCUGUUGCGUCUACGUCCCGCCAGAGUCCCACAUUCGUCUUAGGCGAUGAUAUUGGGGCCGGUCCAUCCACAUCCCGAUCCAAUGAUAAUUCUAGUGCGUGAUAGUUUUUAUUCCUCAUUAUAAGAUUAUUAUACAUAUAUAUUUUUUUUAGAAAAACCGAAAAAACACAAUUUGCAUUAAAACAAAACAAAAAAGAGAUAAACGUAAAAACCCCAAAACCAAUUAAAACCAUGUUAUUUUUUUUUAAUUUUAAAACAAAAUUAAAUUAGAAUUUUUUAAGUGACGAUAGAAAAUCAAUUGGAUUAUUCCCAACACAUUAUUUAACAAUUAACAAUAAAUUGCAAUGAAAGUAGUUAAACAAGUUAAGCUAAGGAAGAACAAACUGAUACACAAAACGAAAGAAAAUGCGCAAGCG